GGACUUAUAAUCUUACUCCCUUCUUCACCAUGAUCCCUUAUGCAAUCGCGUAUUACAAAGCAAGCAGACUAUGAACAAUAAACCUUCGACGGCUUCGGAGGAGAAUGACGUCUUCCGCAUCGGUGCUAAGACAGAUCGUACUAACCGACUCACACAGUGUAUACCAAUAACAACAUAUACGUUUUACCACGGUAGGUCCAUGGUUCUACCUCUCGAAAUAGUCGACCGCGAACCGAAGAAAUGGACGGGUAAAACUCACGGUAACUUAUCGUAUCAUUAUGCCUUGCAGUGAUUUGUGUUUGUGUUUGCUGGACAUGCUGGAAGUACAUUGGGAGAUGGUUAUGGAAGAUUCCCUGCAAACUGCUAUCAAAGAUUAAGGACUCCCGAGCAGCGUUCCAUACAUCAUUUCUAUGGAGGUGGGAGAAUAAAAGUGACCGAAGAUAUGAGGGUUCUUUUGCAUUGUAGACGUGUAUUUCUGUCAAAGUGGAGUACCGCCGUUGCAUUAUCCAUCGCAUUUAUUUCUAUCUCCCUGAUGACAAUGACCUAUGGCAAGUUUACUCUUUACAGCAAUGGCAAGGACGGUCAGAGGAGGGCGUCACACGGCACCGAGGUAAACUCUCGGCAAAUUUCCCAGGUAAUUUUUCAACAUUUUCACAGCACAAAACCAAACAGUACGCCAAACAAUAAUGCCCGGAAUUUGUCUGAGGAAGAUAACUCAAAUCUGCCAGAGGGAAAAUCCGGAAAUAUUUUCAACGAAAAUUUUCGAAAUAUAUCGAGAAAUACUUUGAAAGAACGUGAAUCAGUGGAAAAUAUCACAAGUCGGAAAUCUGGACUUCCAGGAGUCUCAGACGAGGGCAAAAUUAGAGUCCGCACUGAAGAUCAGGGAGUGGUCGACUUCCGAUCGACAACAUCCAUAUCCUCAUCGUUGAGGGUGUCAUCGACGUUUGUUGUCAUCCUGGCGCAGUGGCGUUUUGGCUCUUCAAUCAUCGGAGAGCUUUUCAAUCAAAAUCCAAAUAUCUUUUUCCUCUUUGAGCCGUUAUGGUUGCUUGAUAAAAUUAGAAAUGAAAGACGGCUUCCAUUUUCACCGUUUCCGCGGGAACUUUAUGAAUACUCGACGAAAACUCUAAGAGAUAUUGCGGCGUGCAAUGUGACAGAGGAGUUUGUCCGUUUAACCAAUCCUUGGGGCGGUCUUAUCAACAACCGUGCGAUAUGCCAGGCAACAGGAGAAAUAACUCAAUGUAAAUUUCGAAGUUCUGACAUGGUAAAUAAUCUUUGUACUUCAUACAAUGGGAUCAUGGCUACGAAGAUCAUCCGGGCUGAUCUCGGGAAUAUAAAACCCUUGGUAGACGAGGACAAGGUCAAUGUCAAGGUCAUUCACUUAGUGCGUGAUCCAAGAGGGUCAGCUGCUUCGCGUAUCCACUAUUACUUUGAGGAGUGGAGCGACCUGGUGCGAGCGCAUGAGGCGGAGUUCCAGACGAAAGGCCGGCUUGCACCCCUCGGGCUUACAAACUCUACCGAACGUAUCAAAGACGGCAUUCCUAACAUGUGCAAAUGGAUGCGGGAGACUCUCGAAGAAGCAAAAACCAUGCCAGACUGGCUCCGGGGCAGGUACCACCUUCUCAGGUAUGAAGACUUCGCGGCAGCGCCUCUCAACACAACGGAGGACCUCUACCGAUUUGUAGGGUUACCCUUGCCACAGAGCGUCAGGGAAUGGGUCCGCAAUAAUUCACAGGCAAAAGACAGCGAUCCUGGAACGUUUUCAGUGCAUAAGAAUUCGCGUAAGACCGCUCAGAAAUGGAUGAAGGAUCUCAGAGAGCUUGAGAUUGAACAGGUUGAACAUGACUGCGGAGAUGUCAUGAAGGAUCUUGGAUACCAGAGAUUCGCAACGCUCAAAUUGGCACAACCAUAGGACCGGAUCUUAGGCCUACAUAAUCUAUCCUUGCAACAACAAAAAAAAUCCGAAAGACGGAGAUAGUAUCUACAGCUCAUAAUUUGAACUCAAUUUUUGCGUGGAUUAUGUGUAUUACGUUUUGACAAUGAGCUAUUAAAGGUCAGCCAUACGUAGUCGUAAAUAUUUAGUGAUGUAUUAAAGUCUUGUAUGUUACACUAUUGUUUAUAUUGUAUGUUUGGUAAAUUGGCGACCGCAACACUCCUUUUGGUCUAAGUCAAGCUAUAAUAUAAGCCUUCUCAUUCGACACAACUUAAUUUUAUUUAACUUGAAGAACUUUUUUUAACACAAUGUUCACUUGAAAAAGUAAAAGAAAAAUUAUGCGAAGUGGGACCAAGAUCAACUGGACAUAAUGUUGAUUGAGAGUUAGACCAGAGUCUUGUCUCACGGAGAGCGGGAUGAUCCGAUUAACCUCAACUAAGGAAAGCCAGUAACGCCAAUAUCUGAAAUGCACAUUGGACUGCGGGUGUGUGUGUGUGUGUAUAUAUAUAUAUGCAUAUAUAAACUCCUCAAAAAAGUUUGGAAAUCUGAGUUUGG